AACGCAUCCAUGGCUGAGCGGCCCGAGGUGAUGGACGAGCUGCCCGCCGCCUGCCUGUCGCCGUGCGGGCCGCCCAACCCCGCCGAGCUCUUCAGCGAGGCGCGGCGCCUGGCGCUGGAGGAGCUGGUGACGGGCGGCCCCGACGCCUUCUCGGCCUUCCUGCGACGCGAGCGCCUGGGCCGCUUCCUGAACCCCGACGAGGUGCGCGCCAUCCUGCGCGCCGCCGAGCGGCCCGGCGAGGAGGGCGCGGCGGGCACCGCGGCGGUGGAGGACUCGUUCAGCUCGUCGCACGACUGCUCGUCGGGCACCUAUUUCCCCGAGCAGUCGGACCUGGAGCCGCCGCUGCUGGAGCUCGGCUGGCCCGCCUUCUACCAGGGUGCCUACCGCGGCGCCACGCGCGUCGAGGCGCACUUCCAGCCCCGCGGCGCGGGCGAGCGUGGCCCCUAUGGCUGCAAGGACGCGCUGCGCCAGCAGCUCCGCUCGGCGCGAGAGGUAAUUGCCGUGGUGAUGGAUGUCUUCACAGACAUCGACAUCUUCAGGGACCUGCAGGAGAUCUGCCGGAAGCAGGGGGUUGCCGUGUACAUCCUUCUGGAUCAGGCUCUGCUCCCCCAGUUUCUGGAUAUGUGCAUGGAUCUGAAAGUCCAUCCUGAACAAGAGAAGCUGAUGACAGUGCGGACUAUUACGGGAAAUAUCUACUACGCAAGGUCGGGAACCAAGAUCAUUGGGAAGGUUCACGAAAAGUUCACUUUGAUUGAUGGCAUUCGAGUGGCAACAGGCUCCUACAGUUUUACCUGGACCGAUGGCAAAUUAAACAGCAGUAACCUGGUCAUCCUGUCGGGCCAGGUGGUGGAACACUUUGAUCUGGAGUUCCGCAUCCUCUAUGCCCAGUCAAAGCCCAUCAGCUCCAAACUGCUGUCCAGCUUCCGAAUCAGUGGUAGGUUUGACCACCUCGCCGAAUGGAAGCCACAGCCCAAGGAGCUUACACUGGGCAACCUGCUGCGCAUGCGCCUGGCCAGGCUCUCCAGCACACCCAAGAGGCCAGGGCUAGAGGCGGACGGGCCCGAGGAGGGUGAGGCUGAGAGCAGGCGCCCUGCCUCCCCAUCCUCCACCCUUGGUGAAGACGACCACCUCCACGGACACGAGGACGACUACAAGGGCAGGAAGGCUGUUCACGUAGCCACCCAGACGGAACCAGAAGAGGAGGUGGCCUCCAGGAGCGCAAGGGAGGUGGGGACACAGACCAGCACCAGCAGAGCGUGCGCCGGCACCCAGAGCACAGUGGCCACCAGGGUGGUGAGUUCCCAGACCACGAUUUGCGCCAGGUCCGCCACCACCCAGACGGACGCAGAGGAGAGCUGUGUCCUUUCUCAGGGAGCCCAGUCCAAAGAAGGGUCCCCUGUAUCCAAAAUGUCCCUGUCCAGGUCUUCCAGCUUGAAGUCCUUGUCCUCUCUGUCCUCCCAAGGCUCUGUGGCGAGCUCCGUUGGCUCCCACACUUCCAUCAGGGCCCCCGACUUCCACCAUCCUGGCUACCCCUCGCUGCUGGGCACCCCUCACCUGGAGCUGUGCUUGAGGGAUUCGCUUAGAAACCUCAACAAGGAGCGGCAGUUCCACUUGGCCGGCAUCAGGUCCCGACUGCACCACAUGCUGACCAUGCUCUCCAGGAGAACCUUGUUUACUGAAAACUACCUCAGCUUCAACUCUGGAAACUUCCCCAGGGCCUCCGUGAACAUGCUGACUGUUAGAGAUGUCUCGUUGUAUCCUUCCUACCCCUGACGGCUCAGGACCCUAACUCCUGCCUCCACAGAGCUUCCUGCUGGUUGGAAGCCACAUCCCUGUGCCCGGCUUCUCUUCACCUGCCAUCACCUGGACUGGCCUUCAGUUCUACAACCUGACUUUCCUUUUUGUCAUGUGUAAACCAAGAUUUUGGUUUUACGGUUGCAACACUAUUGGUACAAUUUUUUGUGUGUGUUUUUUUUUGUUUGUUUGUUGCACAGCUUUAAUAUUGAUAUCUCCUCAGACAGUGUUUAGGUGUUCUAAGGUGAAUUCAGGUAAGAGAUACAAUACUUGUGUGUCUCACAUUUUUCUUGACUUUUGUGCUUUCUCUUGUUGAGAUUUGAGUCACUACUACUUUUACAAUCACCAACCUAUUUAGAAA